AUGACGCGUGAGUUCAGGCAGCUGAAGCGUAGGGUACGGUAUGAGCAGAAGCUGAAGAGGAAAAAGUCGUGGCUGAUCGGACGGAGAAGGAAAGAACGAGGUCGGCGACACAAAGACGAGCAGUUUUGGGGACUGGUAACACAGAAUGUUAAUGGUUUUGGUGCCACUAACAGGUACAAGCAAAUGUGGCUACGCUCGUUCGCAUCCCAGAAAGCAGGUGUGCGAAACAAUUUCGGGCUUCUACAGGAAACGCACAUAGAGGAGAAGGAGCGUGAGAGAGCAGUAAAGGAAUAUGCUGCAAAAUGGGGCUUUCGGAGUGGGGGACUAUGCGAGCAACUAUCAUGGUGGUCGUCUUCCAAGGAUAGGAAAGGAGGCACUGCUUGCCUAAUCCAUCCCUACGGAGGUUUUAAACAUGCACAGUCGGUUCUCGAGGAGCACCGGUCGCCGUACGUUAUGGCUAUACAAGGACAUAUCGAUGGAGUGGAGUUUUUAGUGCUGAAUGUGUAUGCCCCUCACGUAGUGGUGGAACGUGUGCGAUUCUACAGACAACUAGCUCGCAUAGAGCUUCCAGCGGGGGCUAAGGUGCUUCUGGGAAGGGACUUUAACUGCUCCCAGGAGUACAGAGUGGAUCGUAGCUACGUCCAAGGCCCUGGUACGCACAAGUCUGCGGGACUUGACACACUACUCGGGAACUGGUGUUUGGAGGAAGCGCUAAUUUCGGAGAUACCAGAGAUGGAGGAUGUUCCAGCUCUUCACCACUUCCACACAGCUCAUCAUACAUAUCGGUACAAUAUUCCAGGGAAGGGAGAGGUGACCAGUAGAUUAGAUCGCUGGUACCUCAGCAGCGCGGCGAUGGAGUGGCUUCGAAAAAUCGAGGUUACUCCACCUGUCCCUAAACCGGAUCAUCGUGGGGUGCAAAUAUGGCUGGGAUCGACGGCUGACCCGGUCCGGAUACGCAAACCGGCGAAGAUAUUUCCUGCUCCUCAUUACGCAGUCCAGUCAGUACGAGAGCUCACGCUGAAACAAAUAAGCGACUUGGGAGCUCAGGUGCAGGACAUGUCGGCUGCUGAAUCGGCGAAGGCGUGGGAAUCCUUCAAGUUGCGCAUUGCGAAGGAGACGCUCCGGACUGUCAGGGACACCAGAAAAAAGACGCCGGAAUUCGUACAAGCAACGUCUCAAGAGGUUGCUGAAACAACAGCGGCGUGA